AUGAUUCCUAGUAGGGGUUUCGCGCGGGUCAGCCCGGGCCUGGCAUUUCAAAAUCAAAUAUUCUCCAGAGCUCCGGGUCGCUCAAUACCGCGACGAGCCAGAUCGGUCGCAACCACAAGACAGUUUGGGACGAGUCUCAAAGCCAAUGGCAGGCCCUUCCAUGGCGCAUAUUCAGCCAGCGUCUCCUCAGGAAGCAGGAUAGGAGCCGCCGCCAUUCUCUCCUCCUCAUCCGUCUUCCUCUCGUCGACCCGACAGGCACGCUUCGCCUCCACCGGCUCUUCUCCUUCACCUGCAGAGUCAGCAGCAUCCUUACCGUCGUCCUCCUCGCCAGAGUCCCUCUCUACUCCCUCUGACUUCCCCUCCGACUUCUCCUCGCUCACCGAUCUCGACGGCGCGUCUCUUCUCAACACCCCCGAAACGAUUGGCUACCUGCACAAUCUCGGUCUUGACUAUGGCUGGGGCCCGACCGCCUUUAGCCAGUGGUUCGUCGAGCACCUCCAUAUAUGGGGUGGCCUUCCCUGGUGGGCCUCCAUCAUUGGCUUCGCAGCCAUCGUGCGUCUUGUCUUAGCCAAGCCCGCCCUGGUAGCCCAGCAGGAAAGCGUCAAGAUGAACAAGAUGCGCAAGGACCCUUUGUUCAACUCCCUCCAGGAAAAGUGGAUGACGGCGAUGGCCGGUGGCGCCGCCUUGCCUCCGGCCGAGAUGAUGCAGCUGCGCCUACAGAUGAGCCUCGUGCGUGAGCAAUACGAUGUCAAGACCUGGAAAAUGUUCCUCCCCAUGCUACAAGCGCCCAUAGCCUACGGCAUGUUCAGGUUGACGACUGGCAUGGCUGCGCUACCUGUACCGGGCCUCGACACCGCCGGAAUGCUAUGGUUCACAGAUUUGACUGCUCCAGAUCCGUACAUGAUUCUACCGCUUGUCAGCUCUGUCAUGAUGUAUCUCAUCCCAUACAUGAAUCCCCAGCAAGCUGCCUUCAUGAGAGUCAUGCCCUGGGUUCUUGGGCCCCUCGGCUUCUUCAUCACGUGGAAAAUGGCCGCCUCCGUCCAGGUCUUCUUCGCAGCCACGGCCAUCCUCCAAUUUGCCCAGACCACCUUCUUCCACAUCGGCUGGAUCCGCAAAGUGUGUGGUCUCCCGCCCCUGGAGGAGAUGAAGCAAAGCACGAGCGGCGGCCCCACUAUGCCGCGUACCAGCCCAAUCUCCAGCCGUUCAGCCCAAUACCAGGCGCCACGCACCAUCAACACCACCGCCACAGAGAAGGUCGAGAGCAAUACUGAUUCCGACAACCCGAUCCAUGCGGUCAAGGGCGCGUGGGCUGGCAUCCAGGACAAGCUGAAGAAGCGGAGCGAGUCGAACGCGCAAAAGAACACCCAGAAGGAAGCCGCUCAGUAUGAGAAGAAGAGGCUCCAGGAGGAGCACGAGCAGUUUCUGAGGAGGCGGGAGGCGGCUAGGAGGCACGAGAGCAAGUGA